AUGUCGAGUCCUUACCUCUUCUUUUACCUGUUCUUCCAAGUGACGUUCGCCUUUGUCGUAGACGUUCAGCAUUCGCACGCCCACCACGACCUAGCGCAACGACAAUCGGUGCGACUGUGUCCAGCCGGGAGCCUCGAAUGUGUCGGAUAUUGCUGUAUAGGAGACUCGUGCUGCUCUCAUGGAGCUGAGCCCUGCUGCAUAGCUGGCGCCUCGUGUCAGGUAUUCGACCAUGCUCCCCUUUGCUGCGUGAAAGGCGUGAAUUGCGGAGAGGUUCUGUCAUCUGUCGCGGCGCCCACCCCGACUUCCACCGUAGGCCUGCCGCCCCCUCAGUCGUCAAUAUCGUCGAUAUCGUCAGCGUCGAUACCCACACCCAGUCCCUCGAGUACCAACAGCGACGAGGAAUCAAGCAGCAACAAGCUUCAGCUCAGCGACAGAAUUGCACUAGGAGUCGGAAUCGCAGUCGGGGUACCUUCUGCACUGGCUGCAAUUAUCCAGAUGUGGAAGUGGAGGAAGUAA